AUGACCCAACCCGUCCGUUCUGUUGACCGUCGUUUCACGACCACUGCCUUCACCUACCCCGGAUACCAUAUCGCUGCCUCCCACGGUGUCGUCCGCGGCUUGACCGUCCGUAACCCUAACGUCGGAAAGGCAUUCGUCGGAAGUUUCGCAGCGUUGGCCGGUGGAGAGAGCUCGACGUACAUCGAGAUGGCCGAGAAGGCUCGUGAGCGUGCCUUCCUCCGCAUGCUCGAGCACGCCGCCGCCGCAGGCGGUAACGUCAUGGCAUACGGAACCGCCGUCACCCUGGUGCCCCUCCAGCAGCCCGGCCAGGCUCAGGGAGCUCCCCAGUAA